AAAUCCCUCCUUUCCCCUUCAUUCUCUUCUUUCUUUUCUUCCCUAAUCCGACAACCUCCGCUUUCUUAGUUCUCCUCUGUCUCUCAAAUCAAUUUCGCAAUUGAUAUCUGCGUUCCAAAGAAUCCAGUAUGAUGGCUCAAUUGACAUAAUGGUAAUUGGCACCUGACUUGAUGUUGCUGAAAAUCCUCGAUGGUAAGAAGUGAGAAAUGCUUUCCAUCAUACCUAAGUUGUAUCCAGAUCUGAGAAAUGCUUUCCAUCAUACCUAAGUUGUAUCCAGAUCGUAUAGGAUCCUUUGUCAACUAGUUUUGUUAAUGCUGAUGUAACAUUUGUUCGAAAUGGAAGACGGGCCGAAUAUGAAUCCUAGUGGAACACAAGGUACUUUAUUAACUAACACCAACACCGACACCAAAAGCUAUAAUGACAUUAUGACUCGCCGUCUAAAGAACAGAGAACGGCAGCGUAGAUAUAGGGCCAGAAAGCGACUUGAAGCUGACAUGCAGAAAUCUCAUGUCCUAAGCCAACCAACAUUACCAAAAGUGGAGUCGCAACUAAAUGGGACCUUUAACAAUGGGACGGCACGUGUUUAUUGUAAACGGGAUUGGAAAAAAGAUGCUAGAAGAGCUCAUAUAUUCAAGGGUCAAGACACUCUUAAUGCUUCUAUCCAGUCUACUCUUGACACCACUGUUGAAAGCCAAAUAUCACACUUGCCCCCUGGGAUCAGGGACGAAGGAUCUGCUGGAAGGGAGUGCAAUUUAGAGAAUUCUGGUAACUUGCACAACAGUGAAACUAGGAAACCUAAGCUCGGUCGAAGAGACUGGAAAGCAGAUGCAAGAAUGAAGAAGAGUUGAGUUGGUUUUACCGAGCUGUUUUGUAGAAUAAAUGUAUCACUGUUACAAAAUCGAACGGUGGAUAGCGGUUGUUUGGUUUGCUGAAGAUCCCGAAGCUUUGCUGGCUAUACAACUUAUGGUGUGGUGAGUCGGUUUGUUUCUGUAUUUAGGAAGAGCUUUUAUUGUUUUGUGAACUUUUACAACAUUUUCAUUUUCAGAUGGCUACAUAGUAUAUAUAUCCAACAUGAAGAACUAUUGUGUGCAAACUUUAUUUAAGUAUAGAAUGCUUUACAGAAAGUGGAAGAUUAAAAUUGCACGCGAGUUUCAAUUGUCAAGAAAGAUGAUGGUAUUAUGUGACAUCAACAUUUAAUCAUUGCUUUCUCAUCCUG